AUGCGCUCGAGUUCCAUUUUUGGUUUCAGGAGCGGAGGCCGCAGCGGCGCGCGCCGAUUCCCUGCGCGCCGCCUCAGCGCCGGUCUGUACGCAGAAGAGCUUUCUCAUUUGCACAACAGGACGCGACUUGAAGCGCAGCUUGCGAAUGCACGCGAGCGGGUUUCGAAGACGAAUUCGUUCACGAAUGUGCGCCACGACUCCGUGAAGCUGAUCAAGUUCGCGGACGACACCACCCUCAUUGGACUCAUCUCCAACAACGAUGAGUCUGCCUACAGGAGGGAGGUGGACCGGCUGGUGUCCUGGUGCAGUGGUAACAACCUGGAGCUGAACGCCCAGAAGACAGUGGAGAUGAUUGUGGACUUCAGGAAGAGCACUGUCCCCCCACCCCCACCCUCCGUGAUGGACUCCCCCAUCACCUCUGUGGAGUCCUUCCGUUUCCUGGGCACCACCAUCACCCAGGACCUCAAGUGGGAGCCGACCAUCAGCUCCCUCAUCAAGAAGGCCCAGCAGAGGAUGUACUUCCUGCGGCAGCUCAGGAAAGCCAAGCUGCCUGCACAGAUGUUGGUGCAGUUCUACACGGCCAUCAUCGAGUCCAUCCUCACCUCCUCCGUCACCGUGUGGUUCGCUGGAGCCACAGUCAGGGACAAACAGAGACUACAGAGCAUUGUGCGCUCUGCAGAGGAAGUGAUCGGCCGCAGCCUUCCAUCGCUGCAGGACCUUGGCUCCUGCGGAUACCAGCAUUCAUCACUGGCCUACUCACAUCGGCCCACUGACAACCGCUUCUACGUCCAGUACGAGUAA